AUGGCCUCUUCCAUUCCAGGGGUCAGAGCAGAGACCCUGCUUUCCCUCCCAGGCUCCUGUGCUCAGGGCUGGCUGAGGUUCACUGUGUCCAGGGAUAAAGCACUAGAAUGUGAGAUGCUGUGUGAAGAUGCAGGUCAAAGAAGAAUUUCAGGCACAGCGCUCGCCUGGAUCCCUUGCUGGGUACCUGAGCCUUCAGAUGUGAUGUUGGGGAUGGGCGGGACCAGUUCUGAGGCUGUGGUGACUCAGGAGCCCUCACUCACCGUGUCUCCAGGAGAGACAGUCUCUCUCACCUGUGCCUCCAGCUAUGGAGCGGUCAGCAAUUUACACUAUCCAGUUUGGUUCCAGCAGAAGCCUGGCCAAUCCCCUAUGACACUGAUUUAUAAUGCAGACAAUAAACCUUCCUGGACCCCUGCCCGAUUCUCAGGCUCCCUCCUUGGGGGCAAAGCUGUCCUGACCCUCACAGGGGCCCAGCCCGAGGACGAGGCUGAGUACUACUGCUUCCUACAAUAUGGUGAUGACAACAUAUCUCCAAGAAAACUGGACCAUCCGCAUGUUGUACAGAACUUCACAAUGAUGCCUUAUAUUGCUGACAUUGAUUUAACUGAACAAGAUGAGCAAGAGGUGGAAGUAUAUCAAAGUCUUUGGUAA